AAAGAAAAAAUGAAAACUAAAAAAUUCAAAAUUCGAUAGAGAAAAGGGGAAAAAACUGAAAAAAGAAGUGAGAAACCACUGCAUUUAGAGGAAAAGCUGAGCGUAAAUCAUCAAGAUCUGGUCUUGGGUUUCUCAAUUUCGAAUUGUAAUUGACGCAUUUCCUUUGAAUACUUCGACAAUUUUCGGUUGGCACCCCCAAUUUGAACUUGCGGUUGGCGGGUGAAGGGUUGGGGGAACUCGAGGGUUUUGAUUUAAUUGGAAAAGAAUUGGGUUUGGUUUUAGAGAAUUGUGAGGAAAUCAAAUGCCGGAGGAGGAUUUGGUGGAGCUGAAGUUCAGAUUGUACGAUGGAUCAGAUAUCGGUCCGUUCCGAUAUUCGCCGGCGUCGACUGUUGCUAUGCUGAAGGAAAGAGUUGUGGUAGAGUGGCCUAAAGAUAAAAAAGUUUCCCCAAAAGCAGCAAAUGAUGUGAAAUUAAUAAGUGCUGGGAAAAUUUUGGAGAAUAACAAGACUGUUGCACAGUGCAAGAUGCCAUUUGGAGAGCUGCCAAAAGGAGUUAUAACCAUGCAUGCUGUUGUACAGCCAUCGGUAGCGAAAGCUAAGACAGAGAAGAAGGUUGAUGAGAUUCCCAAGAAGAACGUCUGUUCGUGUUCCAUCAUGUGAAGUGUAAGUUUAAUUCAGCCUUUAUCUUCUGGACUUCUAGGGAGUUCACCUGCGCCAUCAUCAGAUUGUGAAGUCGGAAAAACCCAAUAAUUUGUAAACAGUCAUUAUUCACUGUAUGUUUGAGAGCAUUUCUGUGUAACAGUUGAUUGUCAUGCAUGCUUGUUUCUAUAAAAAUUUGCUGCUUGUACAUGUGUAGGUGCAGAACUUUUACAUACUAUGAGAAUACAUCUUUGGCCACAAUACUAUAUGGAAAUUCUUGUGAAUGCAA